GUUGAAAUUGGAGUUUCUCAGGAGUGGGGCAUGGCACAUGGACAACUCGACCACAAGGCGAUAGCGAUAUGGGCUGUGAUGCCAGGAGUUGAGUACGUGCUGUGUGUGAAGUUCGAGCCCGACUUUACGAAUGCGGAAUACAAGUUGUAUGAUGCUCGCGUCAAUCCACUCGUGCAGCUGACUCCACUUCCAAUCGUCGCUCCAAGUACCGUGAUCCAGUUGGACGGACGUCGAAUUCUUGGUAUUCCACCAGGGAUGGCGCUUCCGGUAGGGUUUCCUGCAACUCUGUUGGUGGAUUUGUACUCUCCAUUGGUCUGGGCAAUGCGU